AUGCGGUGGUUGCGAGAUGCCCUUCUGGGACUGAUUGCUGAGAUGGUUCUUUCACAAAAUACUUCACAAACUACUGAAACUACCUCAGAAGCAACUUCUAGCUUUUCUUCGAGUAUUGCCUUUUUCAGCGAGGGAAGUACUUCGGAUGACGUAACUAGUACUCGUAUUACCUCGCUAUCAGAUGGCACUACUACUGUUACUGCUCCUAUUACUACUAAGGCAAACAUUUCGUCUCUUCUCUAUGGGAUGGUCGUUAACUACAAUAAAUUUGAUUUGCCCGUCUUGGAAACUUCGCGUGAUGAAAUUGUUGUAAUUGGGAACAAUCUGGAAAACGUUUCACAGAUUUGGUUACAUCCCGCACCGAUGUGCGAUCCAGUAAGGGACAGUCGAGCAGUAGAGAUGCAAAUUCAAGCACCCUCGUCCACAUAUGUGGUGACUACUAUGAAGAAGAAAGAAGUGUACCGUGAAGAAUGGAGAUAUCCUAUCUUUCUAUGUACGGACCCGAGGUCAAAGCCAUCGGAGUUCAACUCGAUUAUCGUUGAAGAUCACAGAGAUCCUCUACUCCCAAUUCUCAUAAUUAUCUACUGCACCUUUUUACUACUCAGUGCGCUCUUCACUGGGUUAAAUCUGUCCUUAAUGUCUCUAGAUAUGGAAGAUCUUCGUCGAAUCAAAGAGUAUGACGAGAAUCCUAAAACCCGUCGUUAUGCAGCAAAUAUAAUUCCAAUUCGGGAGAAUGGAAACUUCAUGUUGUGCACCAUUUUGAUUGGCAACACUAUUUGCAACGCAAUCGAUGUGCUAACAUUUGAUAGAAUUACUCUCAAUUUGGAUUUAUUGGAUUGGGAACGGAUUCUUCUUAUAAAUAUUGUGCCUGCAAUGUUUAUUAUCAUUUUCUCUGAAAUCAUUCCUCAAGUUAUUUGUACUAAAUAUGCUUUGCCAAUUGGAAGUCGUUGUCGCCAUCUGAUGGUAUUUUUUAUGGUAAUCACAUAUCCAGCGAGCUAUCCACUGUCAAAAGUUCUUGACUGGGUAGUGGGAAAAGAAGCUCGCUGGACAAUGGAUCGGCGAAUGUUAGGAAGCCUUAUGCGUCAACAGAAAAAUGAGACCGCUAAUAUGGCAGCAGUUGUCGAGAAUGCAAUGAUGUUGCAAGUGAAACGCGUCAAAGACGUUAUGACACCUCUUGAAAAGGUUUUUAUGAUGUCCGAUCGAACUGAGGUAAAUUUGAAGCUUAAACAGCAACUAAGCGAAAAUCGUCACACACGAAUACCCGUCUACAAAGGAGAUGACAGGAAUUGCGUUAUUGGGGUCUUAAAUGUGAAGGAUUUGCUGUUGAUCGAUGAGUCAUUGGACGUACAUGUAGGAGCGAUCAUGCAGCUGUGGCACAGGAGUGCACUGUUCCGAUUCGUGACCUCAGAAUCUCCAGUCGUACAGUUGAUGCUGGAGCUUAAAAAGGGGAUUCCACUUGCUAUCGUAGUGGAUUACCAAUAUGACAAGAAGUGCUAUCAUGUUACUGGUAUCGUAACUCUUGAGGAUAACCUGGAAGAGGUGAUUGGUGAGAUCAACGAUGAAAAAGAUGUGGUCGGUAGUGGAGUGAUCGCUAGUGAAUAUUCAAAGGAUGCUGCCUUAAGAAAGACAAAGAAACGGAUUAUAAGCCCUAGUCAAGAAGACCUCAUACAGGAUGAGAAUAUUCCUCUCCUAACGCAAGCGCAACCUUUAACUCCGCUGAAGAAAAAGAAACAGUCUUCUCUUAAAAUUGGGUCUAGAGAAGAGCAACUUUCAUGA